GAUCGUUGACCUCUAACCCCGGAAGUAAGUGGGGUCAGACAGAUGACCCUAAGAAAGGCGCGUCGUGCGAAACAAUGUUUGUUCAACAGCAGUUGUUGUAAUAAGGGGUCCCGGUUAUGGAACCAAAAUGGAGUUAGGAAACAUCGUGAAGGUUUCUGUGCGUACCCUGGAUCUAGACUCGUCACCAAUACAGGUUUCUGUCAAGGAAGAGUCAACAGCUGGAGAGGUUCUACAAAAAGUGUCAAAGGUUUUAGGUAUUCAUCCAGAAAACCUCCCUCUCUUCUGCCUGUUUGAAUGUAUCGAGGCACCAAUAAACAGACUACGGGAUCAGGACAUAGUACCUUUUACUACAGGUUUGACCAUACAGAAGUGGUGUUUUGAACCAGUGAAAGAGGAACAGGUGCUGUCUAGGAAUGUGGACACAGCUGCCAUACAGCUGCUUUUCCUGCAGGCACAGGCAGAUGUUAGAGAAGGAAAACUUCAUCCCAACCCAGAGCAGAGGUCCAAACUAGAAGAAUACUGUGACCCCAGCUUCCCGCUCCAUGGGCGAUAUGUGCAGUUAUGUCAGACAUUAGAAGAUUACUCUUCUGUCAGGUUCAGAGAUGUCAUUGUGGAGAGAGAUGUCUGUCUGGACAAUCUUAAGGUCCCAGUGGGUACCAUUGUUGAGCUGAAUGUGACCUUAAGCGGCCUAAGGCUUGUCAUCGGGACUGCGACCUUGUCUAUUGUGUGGAGCAGAAUCACAAGCUGGACCAAUGUGAAAGAAGGGAUCCACAUCCAGUAUGAAGUGUACAGUCCUGACACAGGCAGUCGGGACAUUCUGGCCCUACAGACCAUCCAGGCUCCAUAUCUGCUUGCUACAACAAUGGAAAUCAUUGCUGCUCUACAGAAGGAACAGUGUGGCCCUGCCUUCCACACAUCUCAGGUGCACAGAGAAGAGGAAGGCACCAUCACCCACUGGGACAAUGUACUCUUCCAGAAAUAA